AUGAGCGCUCUCCCCGUUUGGUCCGACCCGGUCGCAAAUCUGACGGUGAGUGACGCAGGGCCGCGUGCACGCGGCCUGCCUCCGGUCUUCCCCGAUUUGAUCUCUCUCGACGACCUGCAGAUCUGCGUGCUCGACGUCCACGGCCUCGGGCUGCCCAACAUGGACUGGGGCACCGCCCCCGAUUGGGCCGUCGAAUUGAAGUUCGGAUACGAUUGCGACGGGCGAUACUGCGAGCGAGCACACCGCUGUAGCUCCUCGAUUCUGGGGUCGAUGAUGAACGACUUGCGUGAUGGGCCGCCCACCGCGUACUGGAGUCACUGCUGCGCCACGUUUCCGGACGUCGUGGUGUGGGAGGACACCCAAGUCACGUUUGAGCUGUUCGACGUCGACAACUUGGGGCUCCACGACUCGCUCUGCUGUUCUGCCUCCGUGCCUUUGCUUGCCGCCACAGGCAGCGGCCCCUAUACUGCCCGCCUGUCAGGCGGAGACUCGCGCUAUCUCGACGUGCGGCUCUCCUUCGAGCGCGGACCGUCACCGCCACCGCCCAAACCGCCACCGCGCCCACCAAUAUCGCCCAGGCCUCCUCCUCUACCGCCGCGGCCGCCACGCACGCCACCAGGCACCGCCAGCUGCGACGCGACGUGGCACCCGCCCUCCAACAAGAAGAGCAGUGCAAACCAUAACGGGCCGCCCGACGGAUGCUGGGUCAUCGGCCCUCCGUGGUGGGGCGCUCGGCCACAGUGCCUGCUCGGCCCGCUGCUGGAGCUGUUUGGGGGGCAGGAGACGCUCCCGUUGCCAAGCGCGUAUUUCGACGGGUGGGGGAACUCGAACUGGGUCGAGGUGGAGAUCCCUCUGUCUGGCACGAUCAAGAUCAAGAGCCUCGUCGCGUCGCACCUGGUGUGCUCCUACAUCCGCCGCGCGCCAUUCAGCGCCGAGGCCUUUGUCGAGAAGGACUCGAGUCUGCUGAGUCAAACGUCACCCGACUCGGGCCGGAGGCUGCGCAUCGCCAUACACAUCAAGGAGAUGACCUGCACGGCGGUGAUCCAUGGCGACGAGGCGUCGGGCCUGGUCGCGCACCACCUGUCGGACUCGAGCAUGACCAUCGACCUCGGCGACAUCAAGAUCGGCGCGGAGAUUUUUGUUGGCUUCGAGGCCGACGAUGACGGUAACCUGAUCCAGAACUUGGGCUUUGCAGACCCGGCGUGCAAGCCGACGAAGAGCUGCUCCUGCCGGCCCCUCGACAUGCGCUGUCCGGUGGCGGGCAUGUCGAUCGGGCGGCUCGAGGUCCACGUGUUUGACACGGAGCAGUCCUCAAACACGGGAUUCACCAACGAGCUGAUGCGUGCUGUGACGCCGAUGAUACGUACGGGUCUCGUGGAGGCGAUCGUCAAGCAGAAUUUCCCACGGCACACGAAGCUGGCUACCCCGCCGGAGCCACGCAACGAGUCGGCCGACGGCGGCGCGGGAUGUGUCUUCUCGGAGGGCUGCCGCCUAUUCAACCUUGUCUCCGAAACGGUGCUCAGCGGGCCGUUCUCGCCACUCUCAGUCUUCCACCGGAUGGGCGAGGCACGGCCGCCCCGAAACGACGAGCCGCGCGCAACCGAGCUUGUGCUCGAUACGCCGGCGCUCGCAGCCCUGGCGGAGGCCAUGCUCGGCAGCAGUCCGCUCACCAGCAGCGGAGGCGGCAUCGUCGUCGACGCCGCGCCGCGCACCGAGUCGGGCCUGGCGCAGUUCGAGCUAGUUGAGCUGAACCUGACGGUCGCAGAUAGCUCCUUCAUGAGCUUGAUUUUUGGCUACGACCUCAACGCCACGCUGGACUUUGAAUUCCUCGAGGUGCGAGCGGCCGCAAACUUCAUAUGGCUGCCGACGGCGGAGCCGGAGGGGCCGCGCCUUGGCGGCAGCCAAGCGCGGGGCUACGAGCUCGACCCGUCCAAGGCCAUCAAGCAGCGUAUUCAGUUUGGCAUGGUGGGCAAGAACUUCACCACGAGCACGCAGAGCUCGCUCCUCCACAUGCAAAAGGGCGCCUCGAUCUUCGCCUGCGCGCUGCUCAAGCUCGGGCUGCAGGACUUUAGCGUCGAUGGGGACGUCAACAUUCAUGCGCGUGCCGCUGGUGGUGACUGGGAAGAGGACGCGGCUGCCUUCUUCAACGAACUGCUCGGGUUCGUCCUCACGAACGUCAAUGCUUUGCCGGCCAGCGGCGUGGCGGGGAGUGCAUCGCUGACGCACGCGUUGAGUGGCUCGGUGUUGCGACAGCUGCUCACCGCCGAGGAGUGCGCCAGCGUGCGGCCGUGCGGUAGCGAGACACUCGCCCGCGACGCUGGAGACGGGGAAGCAUCGUCUCCAUCAGGGUCGUGGAUGAAUUGGCUCGGGGUCGGCCACGCCUUUGGCAUGGUGGUCAAUUUCGGUCUGUCGAUGGCCGACCUGGCCGCGCUGCAGCCCAUAUUCCUCAGGUUUGGCGAUGAGGCGCUCCGGCUGGCGCCGACAGGCACCCUCCUUGACGGCGCGACGUGGAAGUCAUCCGUGGGUGCCAGCGCGUUGUAUCGUCUCCUCCCGAAUGCAGACCGCCCGUCGAUCCGCGUGUCAGACGUGACGCUCGAGACACGGCUCCACGCCCCGCUGACGAAGCUAGAGGUGGAGGGAGGGGGAGACACGGCCCACCUUACGCUCAAGUACCUGGACGCACGCGUGUCGCUGGAGCUGCUCCUGCCAAAGAAGACGUCGCAGCUCGGCUCCGAGACCACGAUCAAGACGUCGGCGCGCUUGCGGCUCCGUGACGUAUCCGUCGCGGCACCGCUCCGCCUCUACCCCGCCGACGAUGCUGGCUUCGCGGCUCGCGGCGCGGUGCGGCCGUGGAUGCUGAGUGUCGGCGAUGUGAUGGGAGGCGUCUCCUGCGUGCACGCGCGGGUGAGUGGCGGCGCGCCCACGCUGAGUGCGACCGUGGAAGCUCUCGACAUCAGCGAGGGGGUCGCGAGGGGGAUGGACUUUCUCGAGAGAACCCUGCUCGACGAGCCCAUCCCUCUUGAGCUCCUCAGCCCCUGGGCCCCCUUUUUCGCCGACCUGGUGAACGAGAUGGCGGCUUUGACCGAGCAGGAUGCGGGCGGUUGCAGCGCGAGCGGUCCCGCCUCGGCGAUCCCGCUUUGGGCCCUCAUGGUGGGCGUCGUGGCGCUGCUGACGUUGUUGGUAGCGGGUCUCGCCUAUGGGUGCACCAAGCUUCUUCCGAAGCAGGGUGGCGAGCCCAGCCAGAGCUCGGGGGAGAAGAUGCUUUGA